AUGCAAACUACACUGAUUUUAUCAUCAUCACUUACACUAAUCUUUGCCCUCCUAGCCUACCCUAUUAUUACAACAAUUGACCCCGCACCAAAACCCCCCGGUUGGGCCGUAUCCCACGUAAAAACCGCAGUUAGCGCCGCAUUCGUGGUCAGUCUUUUACCACUAUUUAUCUUCUUGGACCAGGGGGUAGAAACAAUCGUCACCACCUGGCACUGAAUAAAUACAUCCACUUUCAACAUUAGCAUUAGCCUAAAAUUCGAUGCCUAUUCAAUUAUCUUUACGCCAAUUGCCCUCUACGUAACCUGGUCAAUCCUUGAAUUUGCCUCCUGGUACAUACACGCAGACCCAUACAUGAACCGAUUCUUUAAAUACCUUCUCAUGUUCUUAAUCGCUAUGAUUAUCUUAGUUACGGCCAACAACAUAUUCCAACUAUUUAUUGGCUGAGAAGGAGUAGGAAUUAUGUCCUUCCUACUAAUCGGCUGAUGGUACGGCCGAGCCGAUGCCAACACUGCAGCCUUGCAAGCCGUGAUCUAUAACCGGGUGGGGGACAUCGGGCUAAUUAUAAGCAUGGCCUGAUUUGCCAUAAAUCUUAACUCAUGAGAGAUACAACAAAUCUUUGCACUUUCUCACAACAUGGACAUAACCCUCCCCCUUCUAGGCCUAAUCAUUGCCGCAACAGGCAAGUCAGCCCAAUUCGGACUUCACCCCUGACUGCCUUCCGCAAUGGAAGGUCCCACGCCAGUCUCCGCCCUACUGCACUCAAGCACAAUGGUUGUAGCAGGAAUCUUCCUCCUUAUUCGACUACAUCCUCUUACCCAAGCCAACCCCACAGCACUAACCAUCUGCUUGUGUUUAGGUGCACUAACAACACUAUUUACCGCCACAUGCGCCCUCACCCAAAAUGACAUCAAGAAAAUCGUAGCCUUCUCUACUUCAAGCCAACUAGGACUCAUGAUAGUGACAAUUGGGCUUAAUCAACCCCAAUUAGCCUUCUUCCACAUUUGCACCCAUGCCUUCUUCAAAGCAAUACUCUUCCUCUGCUCCGGAUCAGUUAUCCACAGCCUUAAUGACGAACAGGACAUCCGAAAAAUGGGGGGCCUACACAACCUAGCACCUUUUACAUCCACCUGUCUCACAAUUGGAAGCCUAGCUCUAACAGGAACUCCCUUUCUGGCCGGCUUCUUCUCAAAGGAUGCCAUCAUCGAAGCCCUAAACACCUCCUACCUAAACGCCUGAGCCCUUGUCCUCACUCUAAUUGCAACCUCUUUCACAGCUGUAUAUAGCUUCCGAGUUGUGUUCUUUGUUACCAUGGGAACCCCCCGAUUUAUGCCCCUCUCCCCAAUCAACGAAAAUGACCCUGCAGUUAUUAACCCAAUUAAACGACUGGCCUGAGGCAGCAUUGUAGCCGGGUUAAUUCUUAUUUCAAACACCCUCCCCACAAAAACACCUAUUAUGACCAUGCCCCCCAUACUAAAACUAGCUGCUCUUAUCGUCACAGUCAUUGGACUUCUAACAGCCAUAGAAUUAGCCGCCCUCACCGCCAAACAAUUCAAACCCACCCCAACCAUUAAACUACACAACUUCUCAAACAUGCUCGGCUUCUUCCCCGCAACAGUACACCGCCUGGCCCCCAAACUAAACCUGGUUUUAGGCCAAACAAUGGCCAACCAACUAGUAGACCAGUCAUGGUUUGAAACCGCAGGCCCCAAAGGACUAGUUUCAGCUCAAACGAAGAUGUCCGCCGCCACUAGCGACACCCAACGAGGAAUCAUCAAGACAUAUCUAAUAAUCUUCAUAAUCACCACAGGUCUGGCUGCCCUUUUAGCCUCAGCCUAA